AUGACUGCAAAAGGCCUCUACAAUCCUCGCAAUACAAGCAUCCUCAUUCUCCCCUGCUGCUCCCUUUUCAUCAACGCAGCACAGGCAACAACAGCUACGCUCACCGAGUCCCCGGCCUAUGCGUCGAAACGACCCUGCGCAAAGAGCUGCUUCUACUGGGGCUCCUCCACGCAAGGCGGCGCCGAUUUCCUUGCAGAGGGGAUCGGCUGCGCAGUCGAUCCCUUCGAGAACGAAUGUAUCUGUCGCUCGGAUCUCCAGCAAACCGCCGACUCGUUCCUUCACAAAUGCGGCGUGAAUGCCAUCGAUGUUUCCAGCGCCAUCAGGAUAUACGACGAUUAUUGUUUAUGGACAUGGAAAUGUUUCUGGAUCGUCGUCAUGCAGGACAAGCUCUUGUAUAUCUCAUGGCUGCCGCCGUUCGCCCGUUCGGAGCAGAUAUCCGACUACGCAGGCGAAUGCAAGCCCGUCCGGUGGGAAGAAAAGCGCAUUCGAAGUUCGGACGGGACCAAGUUGGCCGUUUGUGAGGGGUGGAUGCCAGCUACCCCUCGGAGCGUGACCCAGAAGCCACAUGCGCAGGCACGGAAAAAGCUAGUGGUGAUCUGCUACUUCCAAGGGAACGGCGGCUCGACUCCCAUGCGUCUGCCGCUCUUGUCGCAGUUCCUGCGGACUAUCAACCCGCCAACACCGUCGUCUGAGGUGGACUACCUCGUCGUCGCGUUGUCGUAUCGCGGGUACUGGAAGUCCUCUGGUCGCGCGAGCCAGAUCGGGAUCGAGCUCGACGCGGUCGCCUUUCUGCAGUGGGUAGCGGAGACUUACGGUGCCCCUGAUAGGGAUGUGCGGAUGGUGCUCUGGGGCCAUAGUUUGGGUACGGCGAUUGCUAGCUCUGCGGCUGCGACGUACCUGGCUCGGCAGUUAAGUUCUCCGCGCGUUCCCGUCUCCGGGAUGAUACUGGAAGCACCGAUGUCGAGCACGAAGGAUAUGCUGAUCAGUCUGUAUCCGCAAAAGUGGCUGCCGUAUCGGUACUUGUGGCCGUUUCUGUGGAAUAAUUGGAGCAGUGCAGUAGCGCUGGAGCGGAUGGCGCGGUGGCGGGAUCAAGAUCGUGAUCCGCGGGGGCACGAGUACGAGCAUGAGAUCCCGCCGAUUCUGCUGCUCUCGGCUGAGAAUGACGAAGUCAUCCCGGCAUAUGCGGCUGCGGAGCUGGAGCAAGAGGGCAGGAGACUUGGACUGAAGGUGGACAGAUUGGAUGUCUCUGGGGCCAUGCACACGGAGAUACCCGUCAAAGCGGCCGGGAGGCAGGCCAUGAUUGAUUUUAUAAAGAAAUGUACCACUUCGUAG